CCGGAAACAGAAGUGUUUAUCAUAUGACAAAACCUAAACACACUCAAAAAUGUCAGAAACUGCAGUUUCUCUUGGUGUUAUUUGUGGUUUUUGGGCUUUUAUAGCAAUAAUAUGCCCCAUACUGAUACAAUUUCUUAUGGCCAAAUCACCAAAUAAAGGGAUUGUUCAAAUUUGCCUGGUUCUCACUGGAGUCUGCUGUUUUAUUUUCUGGAUAGUGACUUUCUUUGCACAACUGAAUCCUCUGAUUGGACCACAGUUACACACAGAUUUAAUCAGGUGGAUUCUUAUUGAGUGGUAUGAUGAAGCUCCUUGGGCACAUGAACAUGCUAAAUAAUGAAUGAAUCUAAGAACAUUUACCGUUGACCUGUGUAAAUUAUUUCAUUGUGGUAACUUUUAAUGUAAACUUGACAGACAUCUUAAUUCCUUCAUAAGCUCUAUGUUAUUAGCUAGAUUUAGAAUAGUUAUCAAAUGUCAUAUUUCAUUGAUGUGAUAAUGCUACAUGCUUAAUGUGAUUUAGUUUGAAAAUUUACUUUUCGGACCUGUUAUUACAUCAUAGAGCUGGGGGGGGGGAGGGGCUGUGUGGUAAAAGGUAAUUGGAUUGGAAGCGGUGCAUUUCUACUAAGAACAAAAAAAAGCUGCUUAAUUAUAAGUAACUUUCACAACCUCAAGUUAUGUACAAGUAGCAUCAAUGGUCAAAAGUCUUUUGUUUCUUGAAAUCUUUGUUUCUAUUAUUGUAUUAUAGGUUUUGUGUAUAGUUUGAGUUGAAUGAUGUCUGUAUUAGGCUAUUUAUUUAACCAUAGACAUUACUAAAUACUUUUUUUUUAUGUAGAUGCAUUGUGUUUGGAAUUAGAAAUUGUGUUUCUGAAAAACUGACAUUCCAAACUAAUAAUAUUUAUCUUAUACUACCAUCCUCAAUUUUCAAUUCUUCAGAAAAAAAAAUCAAGGGGAAUUGUUGAAAUUAGUAAGUAGUUGAAAAAAAAACAACUAAUUCCUUUGUCGUCAGUGUAUAGGUACUUAUGUUUGUUCUGUUCUUUUUCAUUUCAACAUUGUGUACAUAAUUUCAUGUUUGAUGCAUUAGCAUGAAAAGUUUUGUGAUAAUAAGCCAGAAUAAAAAUGUAAACAAGA